AUGCAAGCGGAGCCGUUGCCUCCCUCUAGGCUCUAUCCCAGCCUGCCCUUUGCAGUAGGCUCUUCAAGCUGCCAGGUUGACUCUAGGGAGCACUCCUCCGCCUUUGAUAGACAGGUCUGGGGCUCGGACAUGAGCUCCCAAGAGACCCCACAAGCUCGGAGAUUUCCAAUAGAGGCAGGAGAUUCUCCCAGCCUGGCAACGGCCCCCGAAACUCAGGAGCCAGUUGCCCCCGAGCGCGCUGCAACAAGGCAGCUGCGAAGAUGUCCAGGGUGCCACUGCCUGACCUUGCCCAACGUCCCCAUUGACGUCUAUAUUGCCAUGGGUGGGAGCCAUAGGCCACGAACUACCUGAAGACUCCCCCAGGUCAGGCUCAAGUGCUGAGGCCACAGUGGCUGUCCCAGGAAACACGUUGACAGCCAGACAACAGUGAAGCAAGCCACACAGAACAGUGACGCACAUUUUAAUAAAAGGACACCUUAAAAUGUUUCUGUGACUGUCCUUCCUGGAAGUCUGCUUUGUUUCUCUCCUCUGGAGCCCCCUCCCCACAGACACGAGGGGGAGCUGAGUUGAGGCUUCCACAGCUCAAGGCCCAGCCUCUGGACAAGUGAGUGAUAAAAGCCAGCAUCCAUCAAUGUGUGCAGUGUUUUACCAUGCAGGGGAUUAGCCAAUUUCCCCAAUCUCCCUGCUUGUGGGGUUGGCCCAGCCAUUGGAUAAUGUGAAGCAACCAGUCUCAG